GUCGUCGUCGCCGCUGUCACUGUGAUUGUGGCUGCCGCUGCCACCACCAUCACCACCACCAUGGAAAAUGCAGGUGAGAGGGGGACUUCGACCUGCAUGCGGCGUGAUCGAAAGGAAAAGCAAAUUGGUCGCUGUAACUCAGUGGACUAAAAUGAUUGGCUUGCGUCUUUUUAGUGUCCAAAUUUUGAUCGUAAGGAGCAGCGAAUGUGUGCGCGCUCCAAACAACUGAGAAGAGAUCGCGCUAAUAGAGUUGUCUGGGUACUAAGUUGGAUUAUAACUAUCUCACUGGUAACUUUUGGUAGAAGUACUCGGUGAAUUCUGAUGCAUCGCGCAUCAUCAGUUUACGAUUUUUUGCCAAGUCAAGAAAACACUGAAGAGAUGACGCAGGUAUCCGGUUUGAUACCAAUGGACGCGACUCCAUUUACCCAGGGUACGGCAUUCGAAUACUGCAGUUCACCUGGUUUGGAUGUAGGGCAGAGGUCCGCGUUUUCCAUUACCGCAUUACUGGACGCUAGCACCAGACUUGUCGCGAAUCGAGAGAUAACUGUCGCCAGCAAGAGUCAAAACCAAUUGAUUCAGAAGGAAUUAAGCGAAGAGGGCGCAGCCGACGAAAGACAAUAUUCAAACAGGCGCACUUUUAUCAACACUGGACCAGCGAUAAGCACACUAAUAACCCAGCAUUCUUCUUUGGGGUCGUCUGCGCCAACUGACUGCUUACAAUAUCCGGGUCAGCACACUUCAAUGGACGUUACGUCUGAGCCGAAAAUGCUGGACUUCGUUAGACACGCUUCCACUUGGUGGUCGAGGUUGAAAGACCCGCGGUUAACUGAGCUCCCGUGUUCGAACAUUCCAUUAUGCACGUCUUCUGAUGAAGCACUCGAUCAAACAAGGCGAACGAUUGACCUGAUGAACGAUUAUCAUGGAAACAUCACUUCACAAACUCAGCCGGCGAAUUCUUCUGAGACGACUGUCGGACCUUCAGCAGUCAGUAAUCCACGGGAUGACGUUAGCCAAACAUUAGGCCUGGAGCUAAUGAAGUGGCUACUUAAUCACCCCGACCAGGCGUACGUUUUGCUUCAUUCUUCUUAUGCACGACAUGCAGCAUCCCAGCAGCAAGAGCUUGAUUCUAACAAAGCAGCGAACUGUAGGAAUGCAACUGAAAAAUCCGAGUUGCCAGUCAGCAACGGGAUCAGUUCUAGUGUGUGCACUGAAUCAACGGUGACGGUGUCGCAGCACAGUGAGCGCGGUGAGGUCGCAAGUACGCAGCCGUCUCAGCCGCAACUGUCAAAAGUAAGCAAGCCUAUCACGGUGACGCAUGAGGGGAGCACUCUGCCAAGCCCAGGGGAACUGGAGGAGUUGGUUGAAAAGGUUGAACAAACCGAAACGCAGAACCAGGUAUGGAAUUCGCCGCAAGAAGAGACAGAAUUGGAAGACCCGUAUGAGGGUGACGGAGAACUCGGCCAUUCGCUGAUGUACAGGCCACACAGCUUGUCUCAUUCUGGAUCAAUCAGUUUGCUUCGACGUAAAAAGAAAACACGUACGGUGUUUUCACGCAGUCAAGUGCACCAAUUGGAAAGCACAUUCAACCUGAAACGGUACUUGUCCAGCUCGGAACGUGUUGUGUUGGCCAAGGCUCUGCAGUUGACGGAGACUCAGGUAAAGAUUUGGUUUCAGAAUAGAAGAAAUAAGUGGAAACGCCAAGUGAUUGCCGACUUUGAAGCUCCGGAAGUUGCUACAGAGCCCAACAGUUUACUGGCCCGAUCAGGUCAGUAUUACACACUACAGUACCCCUCUUCGUUGAUGGCGCACUCUGAUCCGUCGAUGCUUGGACCUGACACUGCCACUCACGGGACACUGUUGGCUCCACUGCCGUCCUCCACGUACAGUGUGAUACGUCAAGAAAAUCAGUUUCCACUAUCCCACGGGUGGAAUUCUAUAAAGUCAGCGCCAAUUUCUUUACAGCGAAUCAGUCCGCAGCUGAGACGUGCAAUAUGGGCAAACCCCGCUUUUAAAGCAAAUCGCUUUUCAGAUGUUAUUCCAGUAGGUCACUUACCGAAUGGGCAGUCGACUGCUACAGACAUCCUUAACUACCAAUGUGGAAUUAAUGGGUCUAAUUUGUCAGUCAAAGAUUUCCCGCCGGUUACUCAUUCACGACAUCCAGACCAUCACUCUUUCGUAAGCUCUUUCCCGGAUGUACAAAACAAUGAACUAAGGAUGGAUCACUUCUCUACUGAAGGGAAUGGUACUACAAUGCACACGUUUCCUUCGAUCACCGGCGAGCUGUUAAAUCCUCUUGUUCGAAACUAUGCAACUAAGUUGGUUAAUGACAAACAGCUCGAUUCCACCGCGCUUUUGUCUGCCCUAAAUGUGACGGCUGUGGCGAUGUUAUCCAAACUGUCGGGGGCCUUGCACCGCCAGUCAGGUCACAGCCCACACAACCAGGCGAACUCUGUCCAAAUAUCUGAAGCAGAUAUGUUCACAGCGACUUCACUUCCAAUGCCAUUUUUGAACAGUAAAAACAAGCAAUCAACAAGCAUGCCAGUUUCUGUGAUCAGGGACACAAAAUUCGUCACACAUUGCUGAAUGAAACCUUGAUCUUUAGCCAUGGACGUGUUCGCGAUGGCGUGCGCGUGUUCGAGGUGUUUCUGUAAUGUGUUUUUUGAUCACGUUGCAUGUUGUGAAAUUGGAUUCCCAACCAUUUAAAAAUAUUAGAAAGCACAACGGCUAUUUUUGUGAAAAGCACCUGCUCGGCUUGAAGUUCCUUUUCAUUUCUCUUUCUUAUCCUCCUGGAAGUCAGCAUAAUUGUUUACACUGUUCAAUAUCUCUCUCUAACUUCCGUUGUGCUGUUCUGUUAAUGACCUUUUUGCAGGUUGUCUUUCG